AUGGGCAAAAAAGGUUGUGUUAUUGCCACUGGAAUUGUGGCCAUUUUGUUGUUAAGUUUGGCCGUAGUACUAUUGGUACUCUUUCCGUUCUUGAUCUACCCUUACUUGGUGCGGAACCAGAUCGAGAUCAAACAAGAUGAGAGCGGAAUGUUCGCCAAGCCUACUUACUAUUGGGCGCGGCCGCCGGCUAAAGAGUACUUAAAGUUUAACAUGUUUAAUGUUACUAAUGCUCAAAAUGUAACCUUUCUCGGGUUGAAAGUAAAGGUUGAGGAAAAGGGACCAUAUGUAUUUCGGUAAGAACAGUUUUGACUAAACAGAGACGUGCAAUAUCAAUAUAAAGAAGUAACGUAUCUAACUUUAGACAACGAGAUACGAAACAAGAAAUAAACUUUGGACCGAACAGUGAUGUCAACUACAAAGUGUCGAAACAAUGGGUCUUCGAUGAGAAAAUGUCAUGUGAAAGUUGUACUGACCAAGAUACUGUAUAUCUGCCAAACCUUUCACUCGCUGUAAGUUGUCAAUAAAAGUGUCAUUUUCUGAUUUAGACAUUAAGAAGACUGCUGUUUGAGAAUGUCCACUUGACUGACACUCAACUUCUGAUGGCCGACUUGUCGUCUUUGUUGCUAGGUGUAUAUCCCUAUAGGUGAGCAUCUCAUAACAGUACUUUCGUUUAUACAUAAAGAAUAGUGACAUAUUCAAAAACAUUUUGGAAUGUAUUAUGCGUAUCUUGUUGUAAAAUUUCAGAGAAGUAAAAGUGAUGGACACUUUAUUUUGGGGUUACACUGAUGCGAUGGUCGAUUUCCUGAACAGUCGAUUGAAGAAUGACCUCGAGAAGUAUCUGGGGAAACCAAUUUUGGGCUUUGAAAGCCCACAAAUCGAUGUGUUAGGGUUCUUUCCAUGGUACAAUAACACUGACGAUGGGGUAUACGAAGCCUAUACUGGAGCAGAUGAGAUCCAAGACGUUGGCCUUCUGAAGUCAUGGGCUGGGAACAGCACGUUGGGCUGGUGGAACAGUGACUACGCUAACAAUGUGGAUAAGACUACAGGUAGGAUGAUGAGAUUACUAGACUAAAUAUGAACAGUAUGUAUAUUAAGAUGGAUAGUAAGGUGAUGUCUAUAAAGCUGAAGACACACCUAACUGCUAAUAAUUGUGUUUUCAAUAGCUACAAAACUCAAGUUGCGAUUUGUGGUGGUGCUUUAUUAUUACAUAUAGAUAAACAAAAAAAAUGAAAUUUGAUUGCAAAAAGUUUCUUAUCGCAAGUUCAAACCUUGAUCACUUGGUACGAGACAAUCCUGUUUUUGAAAAUUAUGCAAAUUUUGAACAGUUUAACCAUAAGUUGUUAUUGAUCUCGAGUUUCUUAACAAACGUAAUCCGUCUGAUAAGAGAACAAAGUACAACAAUAGCUACAGCUUAUUUCUUUCUUAUUAUAAGCCCAUUACUAUUAGACAGCUUGACAAUAACUAAGUCACAUUGAGUGCUAAUACAUCCCUCAAAUCAUAUUAUUAAAAUCAGUUUACAGAUGGAGUAUUAAGUGGCAGUUUCCUCAAAGACGAGUCGCUGACAUUGUUCCAGUCAUUUUUGUGUCGCCAUUUUGCUUUGAAUAACGACGGAGAGAGUACGGUAGAAGGAAUCGACGCCAUUAAUUACAAGCCCGACCCCGACAGUUACAACGCUUUCAAAGAACAGUAUAAUGGGUAUGUUGUGCUGUGUUACUAUACUGUGGAUAAGUCUAGAAUCACCAAAAUAAGAAAAUUUUUUAAUUUUUGCUUGCUUUUUGUGACUGAUAAACUACAGUGUAAAGUAAAAAACUACAGGUACGUCUACAACAACGACGAAAGCACCGAUUUCUACCCGACCGUAUGCGAUGCCAAAAAGUGUGAAUUGGAAGGCUGUGACAGAUACUGUAACAACCGAACCGGCUCCUUACCUCCAGGCAUCCACCAACAUGUCUGUUUCCCUGGUCGAAGAAGAGAACUGCCAUUUUUGGCAUUCGAUUCCCUACCUCACUUCCUGAAUACUCCUCCAGAAGUUCAGAAGUCGAUAGACGGUCUGAAUCCGGAUUCAGAAAAGCACGAUAUCGGCAUGUUUCAGAUCCAACCGGUAAGACUUUAGUUGUGAAUGUUUGGAAGUGUAAUAUAGAAAACAUUUGCUUACUAUGAUAAUAUAGAUAGUAUUAUAUGAUCUGCAAUGCAAAAAUACAGUAAUCUGAAAGCAAAGUAAUUCUAGACUUGUGGAAGCACUUUGAAAGGUCAGUUCAGGAAUCAGUUCAGUAUCGCUGUUAUAAACGAUGACAAAAUAACGUAAGUCUACACUGAAACUUCAAAAACUAGGCCUAUUAAGCCAAUCAGCUGUAGGACCCUAGUAUAAGAUAAAUAAAAAAUUUGCAUUGCAAACAUGUAUAAUAUAAAGUCUCAUGUUUUCUCCCAACAAUAUAAUCAACCCUUACCCAUCCCCUCUGAUUACAACUUUUAAGAACCUUAAAACACACCAGAAACAACAUCGUGCCGUGCUUCUGGCUACAGUUGGACGUAACGUUAGAAGACUAUGCUUACGACUUCCUGAGGACGAACAUGACAAUUGUACCGUAUGUCGUGUUCUACCUUGGUAUCGCAGCAUGUGUGUUCGGAAUACUGGUCCCAGUAUCAGUGGGGCUGAUUUACAGGUAUCGUAAUAGGAAAUAA